AUGAAAAACAUCAUUUUGCUAGGCUUUGUCUUAGCUGCAUUUGCAAGUCCAGCUUUUAGACUUAGAGAUUCUGACCUUGUGAUGACACAAGAGCAAAUAGACCGCAUCAAUCAAAGCCAAGAUUUAUGGACAGCCUCCUCUGAUUGGGUUGGUGCCAUGACAAUUGGAGAAGCCAGACAAUACGCCUCAGCCGAAAUUAUCUACAACCACUUCCCAGAAAAACAUUGGGGAAAGCUCUUAGACCACUUGCAAGUCCCAUCUGCUUUUGACGCUAGACAAAAAUGGCCUUCUUGCAUUCAUCCAAUCCUUAAUCAAGGAGAUUGCGGCUCUUGUUGGGCUUUUGGAGCAAGUGAAGCUCUUUCAGACAGACUCUGCAUUUUUUCAAACAGCACAAUAAAUGUUGUCCUUUCCCCUCAAUAUCUGGUUAAUUGUGACAGUGUAAGCUAUGGCUGUGGCGGUGGAUAUGCCGUUUAUGCUUGGGAUUUCAUGCAAUCUAAUGGCAUCCCAACCCAAACUUGUACCCCAUAUGCUGCUGUAAAUCAAGUUUGCGUUAAUAAAUGCUCCAAUGGAUCUACUAUGAGAUAUUAUAAGGCUGCAUCUGUGAGUACUUUCAGCUCACCCGCAUCAAUUCAGGCAGAGGUUCUGCAAAAUGGCCCAAUAGAAGUUUCUUUCCAGGUUUACCAAGAUUUCUAUGCAUAUACAAGUGGUGUUUAUAAGCACACCAAUGGACAAUUUGUUGGCAAUCACUCAGUCAAAAUUAUUGGAUGGGGAGUUCAAGGUCAAACUAAUUAUUGGAUUGUUGCUAACUCUUGGGGUGCUACCUGGGGUAUGAAUGGAUUCUUCUGGAUUGCUUUUGGAGAGUGUGGAAUCGAUAGUAAUGGUGUUGCUGGACUUCCUGCAGUCUAA